CGGCGCGUCCCUCCGCCCACAGCCGCCCGGCCUGCGCCUGGGCGCCCCUCUCUGAACGACCCACGGGCCCUAAACACAGGCGCUGCCCCGGGUACCCGCGGGGACGAGGGGCUAAAGCGCCCAGGGAGGGCCGAACUCCCAGCCAGAAAGGAGCAAGGACACCCCGCGCCGCGCGGUGACCGCCCGGAGCCGGCAAAAAGCCGCCGGACACCCGGACGCGGCUCAGCGACGGCGGCAGCGGGGUGGGCGGGGCGGGAGGGGCGGGGCCGAGCGCUCAUUGGACGGCUUCGGGGGGCGGGGCUCGAGAGGACCGCCCGCGAGGAGCGAGGGAGGCUGCGCGUGCGACGCCGGCCGGUUCCGGACCCCUCGCUUCCCUUCCUGCGGGCUGGGCGAGCCCGGCGACGGGCGUGCCGACGCCCGUGACGUCACAAGGGGCGGGGCUGCCGGGGUAGGGUCCGGCCGGCGCGCGGGCGCGUGCGGCAGUCGCGGUUCGGGACGGAGCGUGCGUGGUCGCUGGGUCUCGGCGCGGGUUCGCUGUCACAGUCUGUCCCUGCCCGAAGCUCGGGACCCCGGGACGCGCGCUCGCGCGUGUGUGUUGCGAGUGUGAGGGGACUCCGCGCGGAGGCCGCCCCUCGCUGCCUUUUUUGACCUUCCUUUUGUCCGAGGGGGCCGCGCGGCCCGGGGUCGCGGCCGCCCCGCCGCAGCGCGCUCGGCUCCGGCCGCUCUUUGCUUUGGAACCCGGGAGCUUUUCCCCUUUUCCGUCUCCGUGUGGGGCGCUCAGCGCCGUCUGGGCUGGUGUCCCUGGUCCCCGACCGGCCGCCCCCGCCCAGGGUCUCCCCCGCGCCCUCGCCCCGGCCCGGGAGGUGGGAGGCCUCGUCCCCCGCCCACCCGCGCCUCCGCAGCCGUAGCCGCACCUGCCUCGGUAUGAACGGGGGCAGCGACCCUCCUCUUUUCAUAAAAGACAUUAAGCCCGGACUGAAAAACUUAAAUGUCGUCUUUAUUGUGCUGGAGAUAGGACGCGUGACCAAAACCAAAGACGGCCAUGAAGUGAGAUCAUGCAAAGUGGCGGACAAAACGGGCAGCAUCACUAUCUCCGUGUGGGAUGAAAUCGGAGGUCUCAUCCAGCCGGGGGACAUCAUUCGGUUGACCCGAGGGUAUGCAUCCAUGUGGAAAGGCUGUUUGACGCUGUACACUGGAAGGGGUGGAGAACUUCAAAAAAUUGGGGAAUUUUGUAUGGUUUAUUCAGAAGUGCCAAAUUUCAGUGAACCCAACCCAGAUUAUCGAGGACAACAGAGCAGAGGGGAAACGGGGUUCAAGCUGGCCCAGAAUCACGGGGAUGCCAGUUUUCAUAUGCUGGUAGAAGCAAUGGCCGGGGACCUACACAUUCACAGCCACAAGGAACAGCUAAUAAUCAAACAGUCAUGACCACAAUAAGUAAUGGCAGGGACCCUCGGAGAGCCUUUAAAAGAUGACCUAUGCCCAAUACUCACAUGUAGUUUUUAAACUACACACCCUACUUGAACACUUACUGCACUUUUAUUUAUCGUCAACUGUGAAAACUGUGUCCUUUAUCGGUUUCCUGUUAUGUUUCGGGUUUGUUAACAAGAGUGGAUUGUUCUUAUAGCAAAAGUGUUAAGCUGCUCAAGUCUCCUGUUGAAGAAUUUGAAGAAUGGGAAGACUCUGAAAAGUAGGGGCAUUUAUUUUUAGGGCAAAAAGAUCAGUGGUAUCCUUUAAAAACACGCCCCCGUUCUGUGGGUGAGUUCCUUAAGACAUCAGCAUUAUAGCCUCUAUGAGUCUAUCUUCCAUAUACAUUUUGUAAUAUUUAAAGUAAGGCUUAGUGGGAGAUGUUCUUUUGUCUUAAAUUCAGGUAUUGCCAACUGAAGCAAUAACCACCAAAACCGCCCCCAAAAACUCAGUGGUAAUAGCAGUUUUUGAGUGUUUGUGACUCCAGGAAUGAUUGACUUCUUCAUUUGAGUGACUGCCAAGAGGAUUUUCCAAGGACUGAAUCUUCUAAACUCUUGUUUUAUUACCAAAAAAGAAUAUAUUCUUUAUUAGAAUUAUGGAGUAGAAUGGAAAUUGUAUUAUAACCAAGAAUUUUUAUAAGAAAGCUGCAUUUAUUUUAGGGUAGUCCUAUUAAUACUUGUUGUCAACUGUGUGCAUUACACUGAAGGGAAACUUAAAACCGAGGCCUUGAAUAUUUAUUUUUUGAAACUACUAUGUCAAAUAUUAAAGUAUAAUUUGAGGGAGUUAAAAAGUCAUAAUAAAUACUGAUCUGAUUAUUUUAAAGAAUUGUGGCACAGAGGUGAAGGCACUUCAAAUGGAAUUCAUGUGGGAAUACUCAGUCAAGUUAGAGUGUCCUUAGGUACUCGAAGAAACUCACCCUGGAGUGAAAAUCCUAAGUACUUAACUUUUAUUUAGAAGUGUGUGUGUGAAUAUUGUCCAAGUUUCUGAACAUAAUUCACAAAGCCUUAUCAACCAAAGUUAAACGGCUCUCUCUAAGAAGUGCGUACAGCUUUAUUUAGAAAUGUAAAGGUAGAAUUUCUUUAUGUCUUACAAAUGACACCCAGUUCCCACUUUCUACUGUAGAGUGGGUAACUGGUAAAUUUUUCCUUUGUUAGAAUUCAGUUCUUCCAAAUUAGCCCCAAUAAAACUUGCAUUAAUGUUAACGGACUUCCCUUAUUUUCGCUCUUCAGUGAUUUGCAAUGGAGAGCCGGUAAAUUUACCAUAGUUGUAAUGAUUACUUCAACCAGGGGAGUGCUUAGCUUUGUACUUGUCGCCUUUUGUCCCUGCCUUAAAUCACAAAAUAAUUUAAGUAGACUCUGUUUUCUAAGAACGCCGUAGCCUUUGAAUAUGAAAAUUGGUACCAGAAUAUUCGUUUCUCCAAUUCAGUGUGUCUUAACAAAUUGCUGUACACACUGAGUGUGAGACACUGGGGAGUUAAGGGGUCGGUGACGAGUCAUCUCAAGGAGCUUAUUCGUGGUUCAUAGUACUUUGGUAACUAAGGUUUAUAUAUUCUAGAAGGUUUUCUUUUAGCCUUAACUCAGUGAAUUUGGCUUUGUGACUAAUAUCUUUUUAAGUUACAAGAUAACAUGUUGGAAGUAAAAAUUUACUAAAAGUUAGCAUGUAAGUUUUUCUUUAAAUAGGGGUAGGAGCAGUAAUACACAAUUCAUUUGUGUGAAUAUGGUGUUAAAGAUGAUUUUAAAAGAAUUUUGGAGUUUCAGAAAAGUAAACUAUCAGGAGAGAUAGCUGAGCUUCUAGUCCUGAUACACUGUCUCCUCACCUAUGAUGUUGGACAAAUUACUACACUUAGGACCUCUAUAAGCCUUAAGUUCCACAAAUACAAAAACAAGUAGAAGUAUCCCUUUAGAGAGUUACAGAAGAUUUUCCACGUAAGUGAUGAGGGUGAUUUCUGGCACGUAGUAGGCAAAGUGUCACCUGAUCAUACCUCAAGAACAGAAGAAGAUGCAGCGUUAGGUGUGGAAAUACUGUUACCCUCUAACAUGUUGCGAUUAAAUAGAGAACGACCUAAGCUGUUAAUUUUGUAAUUGACAUUUGCCUCAAUAACUUAAUCUUGUUCUGUGUUACUGUUUAUUAACAGAUCUCUUUUUUCUUAAGGGAAGCCUCCAAAACCAAAGCAAAGUGAAUUACCGCCCAUAACGAAUGUUUGCCCCACCAGUCUGCUUGGACGGUUCUCAACAAGAAGAGGAAGAAAGUUUUCUACCUCCUCUUCCCUGGUGCUUUCACUUGUGAAUUUUUAAAUGUCUAAACACCUACCAAAACCAAAACCACGUGGUUUAGAAAUACACACCUACUAGAAUUGGGCCCCAUCUCAUCUCUACAAAACAGUUCUGAAGUGGUUUCAAGUCUCAUCAGCCAGCUGGCCUCUCCUGUCUGCGACAGGUUUAUGGCUGGUGGCUACACUGCAGAGAUGGGAGAAUGAACCUCACAAGGCCAGAGGAGGAUGUGUAAUAGUGAAGGUUGCGGUGUGCUUUCCCAAAGGCAUUUGCACAGGUUUUCCUAUAUAUACCUAUAGAUAUGUACACACACACAAAAAAACCACACCUUUCCUGUAUAGACCUAUAGACCUAUAUAAAAAGAGGUGUCUUUUGGCUUUGCUUUCGCAGGCUGGGGUCUGCGGGUAGUCUGCUCUGUGAGGACAGUUUAACUUGAGUCCCUGAAUAUUUGUAGUACUGAAUCCUUGUGAUUUGUAUUUUUAUUAUUUAACAUUUUAAAAGAAUGUUUAAUUUGCUGGGUUUAGUAAUAACGCCAAAGGGAUGAUGCAGAACAAACAGAUGGGAAGUUAGUAAAAAAAAAAUCGAACAGUAAUUAUGAGAACAUUUAAAGUCUAGGAAGCUGGUUACGUGGCCCCACAAAGUGUUCUCAGAGGUGCACACUGGCCGUCUCUACAGCAGCAUGGAGACACAAUGGCAGUUUUAAGUUAAUGUAGAUCUGGCAUUCCAGUUACCAAAAUGACUUCCCUUUUCUGUUAUGAAACUAAGUACUGUUUGCUCCACGAAACCUUAGGCUCCAGUGACUCCUAAGAUCCUUUUCUUUGAUGUACUUGGAAAGGUUCUCCCGACAGCAAACCUUGGAAACCACAGGAAAACAAGUCCACACGGAGCACUUGCCCAGCGUCUGUCUCCGCCUCUAGGCUGCUGCUUGGGACUACCUGCCCUGUGAUGGCUUUUG